AUGACGAAGAUAGAGGAUACCCCACCGAUCGCAGACUCGGUGGUACUCCCUGAAAUUCGCUCAUCACCUUCAGCAAGAUUGCGCUUGGAGAAGGGAGAUACGCUGCUCGUCUUUUCCUCCGAAACUGUGUGGUAUACAACUUUCGUGUGGGGCACCCUGGCAGCUGGAGGAGUUGUGAGCUCUGUGAAUCCUGGAUACAGCGUUGAUGAGCUUAUGACUCCUUUGAAAGCCGGAACUGCCAUUGCAACACAGCGAGACCAGCUGCCGGUGACCCUGGAGGCAACAAAAAGAGUCGGAAUCCUCGAGCUCUCGCGUUAUAGUCUUCGAGGAACUUUUCGCGCAAUUAGCCAUGGAGACGCAGGCAUUGCGGCAUAUGGCGGACGGAAAGAAGUUGAGGAUCGGGCCUUGGCAAUCUUGCCCUUUUUACUAAAUUUUGGUCAGUCAGACAUCACUGCGCUGCAAGCUGUACUAAUGUUAGAAAAAAGUCUGACCGUGGUUGUUCAUCUAAACUUUUACCUAGGAAUUCCAACCUUCAUCCUCCCUCGUUUCCGUUUGGAUCACUUCUGCGCUGCACUAGAGAGAUACAUCACCCAUGCCGCAGUUGCUCCGCUAGUACUACAAUCCCUGGUUUCAAACUCACACCUGGCCGCUGAAUACAUUCUCAUUUCCCUCCAGCUGAUGACCCCGGGUGCGGCCCCGCUCAGUCCAGAUCUCGUUCACGCACUAUACGAGAAGCUUAAGCUCCGAGAGAGUCUUCUGUUCCUGGGCUCAGUUGGCCGCCUUAUGCCGAAUAUGACGGCACGUUAUGUCGCCGCCGAAGACCACGACCCGUCCAGCGCCUACAAGGAACUAUGGGUCAAAGGUCCAAAUGUGUUCUUGGAAUACAUGGGCGACGAAAAAGCAACAUAG